UGUCGGUCUGCCUCGCCUUCACAGCGGUCAUCGGUUAUCGGUCUCUGCUCAGCCAGCGAAAACAGGAUGCUGCUCGGCUACAGACGGUAUACCCCGCUGCUGGUGGUGAUCUGUCUGACGGGGAUCGAGGCAAGCUGCAGCAGAUUUAGAACAGAACGUUCCAUCAAGAAAGCGAUCACCAGGGCCAUCGCUGAGGCCGGCCUCACCCUGGCGGACCCUUGCCCGGAUGGCUUCGUGCCUUGCGCCGGCCAGUGCUACGCUCGCCUGGACACCGCCGUAGCAUACGACCAGGCUGCGGCGGACUGCGCGGAGCGCCAGGCUCACCUGGCCGUGCCGCGCACCAACAAUGAGAACCUGUGCGCGGCCGGGCUGGCCGGCCACGAGCGGAUCUGGCUGGGCAUCACAGACCGCCAGGAGGAAGGCGUAUAUCGAGCUUUUGACGGAAGUGUGGUGACGGCCAGCGAAACGCACUGGUCCCAGGGCCAGCCAGACAACACGGCGGGCGUCGAGAAUUGCGUGGAGAUGUGGUAUCGCGGCGUUUGGAAUCACGCCCGCUUCGCAGAGUGGAAUGACCUGAAGUGUACCGACCAUGUUUUCCCGAUGUGUCAGCUCGACUGCCCCGGGUCUUCCACGCAUCCGCGCUCUUUGAAAGCAGCUGAUAACGCAACUACGGUGCUUUGAAAACUGAAAAGAAAUUAUGCGGAUUAGGACCCCGUCAGAGUUUGCAAUUUGCUAGCCCCACGGAUUCAGACGACUUGGAAGCUUCUCAGACCAUGCUGCCCGUGUCACUGCUAGGAAGCAAUAAUCGUUCGCUAUUGACUGCUGAGACCAGCCGUUCACGUAAUGUUUGCUUGAAGUAGUUCACUACACACACCUGGGGAAGUUUUGCAGGCAGUAUCUCCCCGGGUAUGGCUCGCCCAGUGAAGACGCCCGUCCGAAGAGCGUGGAUGGGCUAGGCCUAGAGAAGGCAGCCGGCUUGAAAAACGCGCGGAAAAUCACUCAUUGCAUUGAGCUCACUGCACUCAUUGCACUUGACCGAGCUGUCACUGAAUUCCGCCCCCCCCCCCCCCUAAAAAAUCCUGGCUCUGCCCGUGGCGAUGAAUCAUCUCGGUGCGAAAUUCGUACAUGAUUGGAUUGUUUUAGUUUGUGAGUAGCAAGCGCAUGAUUAACGAUUGGAAAAGCGAUCGAUAGUCCGUGUAUACGGGAUUCGUCUGUUGCCUGUCCGAUGCUGCCUUUCACGCUACCUUAACGCACACGCUAUACUUUGUGCUGCCAGAUUGUCUAGGAAUAAGCCAUGCUGUUCUGUGCACACGGCUGGCGGGCUUGACAUUUGUCAAAAAUUUUGUUAAAGGCGACGCUAACACCGUGCAAGAGAAAUAAAGCAAGGUCACUGACCAAUAAUUCU